AGGUUUAAUGUAUUUGCUAGCAAAUUUAUGGUAGAAACUUUGAAAACUGCGAAAAAAUUUAGACCGAAAGGAUCAUGGGGUUACUAUCAUUUUCCUUAUUGUUUCACGAACGGAACUGAGCGUCAAUGUGCCAAAGCAGUUAGGGAUGAAAACGAUAGCCUCAUGGAAAUCCAUGAAUUAAGCGAUAAUUUAUAUCCAUCAGUAUAUCUGAAAUCAUGUUUUAAAGAAGAGGAACAUGUACGGUACAUUGAAACUUCAAUGGUCGAGGCUGUAAGAAUUAAAGAUAAAUGUGCUAGCGAUAAAAAGAUUUGGACGUACUUUUGGUAUAAAUUUUCGGAUACUCAAACCUUCAUACCGCGGGAAGACCUCGUCAAAUCUUUAACGGCUAUCGUGAAGUAUGAUAUUCAUGGGAUUAUAUUGUGGGGCGCUAGUGCAGAUGUCGAUUCCGCUUCAGGGUGUGAAGAGGUUUAUGAAUAUAUUGACCAUACUUUUGGGCCAAUUUUACGAGCACUGUUUAAGUUUUGAAUAAAAACUACCUGAAUAAUUCUAGUACAAAAC